CUGGCAACAGCAAUUACAACAACUGUCGGUUGUCCUUGUUCCUCCUCCUCUUGUGGGCAAGAGGCGUGGCGUGUCGCAGCCAAUCCGCUCCCUUAGCAACGGUGUCAGGUUUACCUUAGCAACGCCUCUACAGGUGCAGGUGUGAGCCGUUGCUCGGCGAGAGAAAGGACUUGCGAAACGAAGGAGAGCUACAGGGCCCACGCUCGCCCCCUCGCCCCCUCGCCCCGGUGCUAUGGCAGAGCCUCCUGGCGAUGAGCCAGCACCUGAGAAUGGGGAGAACCCCGAGCAUCCCGGCCAGGGGCCCCCCAGGCAGCCCAGCCAGACAGCCCCCAGUGGUCAGGAUCCCUGGAUUCCACCACACCCAGACCACCAUGAACCUGGGGAAGGCCAGGGCCCUGGCCAGCCAAGCUACAUUCCGUAUCCCGGCCAGACACCAGGUCAUGUCCCCUCUCAGCAACCCCAGGGCAGCAUCUACCAGCCUCAGCAACCCAGGCUCAGCGUCUACGAUCAGCCAGAAGGAAGAGGUGGCAUGUAUCAGCCUCAGCAGGCGAGGGGAGCCCUUUUUCAGACAAGGGACCCCAGGAGUGGCAUUACUUGGCAGCAGCAGCAACCGCCAGUGCAGGCGAGGGGGAGCUUUCACCAGGCUCAGGACCCAAUGGGAGGCAUGUACCAGCCGCCAGAUCAAGGGCCACCGCCAGGACCAACAGGCAGCUUCCAUGGGCAGAUGGCAAGAAGCAGCCAAAUCCUGCAACAUGAAAUGGGAGGGCACGGCCCUUAUCAAACUCAUGAGCCUGGUUAUGGCCUUUAUCAGCUGGGGGCCGGCUUGUUGGAAGAUCAGAUCCCUGAUCCGGGACCCAGAGAGUUGGCGAUAAAGAAUGCCAAAGCCUAUCUGCUGAAAACGAGCGUCAAAACUGGCGUGAGCUUGUAUGACCAUCUUGCUGACAUGCUGUCCAAGAUUCUGGAUGAGCGGCCUGAAAACCCAGCUGACAUAAUUGAGAACAUCAGUAAGGAUAUAAAGUGUGCUCGAUUCCAGAAGAAACUGGACACUCUCAGAGAUGAAUAUGAGAAACAUCCAACUUUUGAACUGGCUGAAAUGUAUAAGACAUUGUUCCAAAAGGGUGGUGGAGAGGGAACAGACCAAGAACUAGAAGAGGAGUUGCCAGAAACGCCUCUACCCAACGUAAUGGAGACAGCCUUCUAUUUUGAACAGGCUGGAAUUGGUUUGAGCUUGGAAGAAUACUACCACAUAUUCCUGGCCCUCAAACAGCUGGUCAGCACGCAUCCAAUCCAGACUUGUCGCUUCUGGGGCAAAAUCCUAGGCAUUGAAGCAAACUAUAUUGUUGCUGAAGUUGAGUUCCGUGAGGGAGAGGAGGAGGAAGAAGCAGAGGAGGAAGAAAUUGUUGAGGAGGGGCUGAAAGAGGGAAGCGAAAAUAGAGACGACGAAGAAGAUGAAGAUGAAGAAAAGGACGAGCCACCAAAGCCAAACUACAAGCCACCACCAGUAAUACCGAAGGAAGAAAAUCGAACUGGCGCCAAUAAAUUCACUUAUUUUGUUUGCAAUGAACCAGGCAAACCCUGGGUGAGAUUACCCCAGGUGACACCUACGCAGAUAGUGAAUGCCCGGAAAAUCAGGAAGUACUUUGUCGGAAGGCUAGAUGCUCCCAUUGUGAGUUACCCGCCUUUCCCAGGAAAUGAGUCCAAUUAUCUGCGGGCCCAGAUUGCCCGCAUUUCAGGGGCGACCCAGAUCAGUCCACUGGGCUUUUAUCAGUUUGGAGAAGAGGAAGGAGAUGAAGAGGAAGAGGGUGGAGCUGGAAGAGAUAGUUAUGAGGAAAAUCCUGACUUUGAACCCAUUUCUGUGGCAGAGCUGGUAGAGUCCCUUUCCAACUGGGUGCACCACAUACAGAAUAUUCUAAUGCAGGGACGCUGUACCUGGGUUAAUCCAUUUCAAAAAUCAGAGGAAGAAGAAGAAGAGGAUGAGGAAGAGGAGAAAGAUGAACAAGAAGAAUCACAAGAAAUAGGACCCCCACUUCUCACACCGCUCUCCGAAGAUGCAGACAUUCAAAACAUCCCACCAUGGUCAACCGAGACAUCAACCAACUUAAUUCCUCAAUAUGCCCUUGCAGUUCUUCAGGCCAACUUAUGGCCUGGGGCAUACUCCUUUGCUCUAGGAAGGAGAUUUGAUAACAUAUACAUUGGCUGGGGUCACAAAUACAGUCCAGAUAAUUUCAGCCCUCAAUUACCACCACCAGUGCAGAACGAAUAUGUUAGCGGGCCAGAAAUCACAGAAUCAACAGACCCAACUGUGGAAGAAGAGCAGGCACUCAAGGCUGCGCAAGAGGAGGCAUUGGCAGCUGAAGAGAUGGAAGAGAUGGAAGAGGAAGAGGAUGAAGAUGAGGAUGAUUAAACUCCAAAGAGCGAUAUUUGUUGUAGUAUUGUUUUUCUAAACAUGUAUAAACUUUUCUACUAUUGUAUUAGAAUAAGCACAGUAUAAUA